AAUAAUUUCAAUAACAUCCAACAAAAAAAUAAACGUAUCAGAAGGAAGAAUGCUUGGAAAUUAAGUUAAACCCAAGGUUUGGAGUGAUUAACAUCUUUAAGGAACAUAUAUAAUGCCACCUUUGCCAGGGAAAUAUGAGAUCAUUGUUCUGUGAAUGUGGCACUAAGUUUCGGUUCAGCAGAUCCCAAUCCGCCACUCCAUUAUUGUUUGAAGUAAAUAAAUUAAUGAAAACAGCAUUGGCACAGUCACGAUAAAAGCGUUGAUAGAGAGUCAAGGACAGAAAUACCAAAGAUCUAGGCUUCAUAUUUGGAGCACUGCAACAAAAAGGUGUUGUGUCAUAAAUCAUUUUUAUUUGGGUAAAGGUGGUUGUUUUGGUAGGAAGGAAAAUGAACGAAGAGAUGAAUGGUGGUGGGGUGGGGAAUGAAGAAGAAUACGUGCCAGAGAAAAUAGAUUAUGUGUUCAAAGUGGUGGUGAUCGGAGAUUCAGCAGUUGGGAAGUCUCAGAUUCUGUCGAGGUUUGCCAAGAAUGAGUUUUGCUUGGAUUCCAAGUCCACCAUUGGGGUUGAGUUCCAGACACGAACGGUUACCAUUAAGACCAAAGUCAUCAAAGCCCAGAUCUGGGACACUGCUGGCCAAGAAAGGUACCGAGCAGUAACAAGCGCAUACUAUAGAGGCGCAUUGGGGUCGAUGCUAGUGUACGACAUCAGCAAGCGGCAGAGCUUCGAUAGCCUGGCGAGAUGGGUGGAGGAGUUCCGGGCCAACGCCGAUAACUCCAUCGUCAUCAUGCUGGUCGGUAACAAGGCUGAUCUAGUGGACCAGAGGGCGGUUCCAACCGAAGACGCGGUUGAGUUCGCCAAGGAACAGGGACUGUACUUUGCCGAGACAUCUGCGCUUAGCGGUGACAAUGUGGAUAAGGCAUUUUUCAAGUUGCUGGAAGAAAUUUACGGUGUCAUAUGCAAAAAAUCUUUGGAAUCUGCCAACGGUGCUGAACAUCUCACGGCUUUAAAGGGAUCGAAGAUUGACGUGAUUGCCGGUUCUGAUUUUGAAACAAGUGAGAUGAAGAAUUUAUCUACAUGCUCUUGUUAAAUUUGUUUUUCAAUUUCCUCCUCAUUUUUGGGGAGUUUUCGUUAUAAAUUGCCGUAUCAUAUCAUAUUUGUGAUCAGAGAUCGGUGAAUCAUAUCAACCUUUUCUCUUACUUUCUAUGAUAAGGUAAUUUUCUAGUUUGAUAAA